AUGCUUCAAUGCGGCACGACUGGUGUUAUGCAAUACGGGUGGCUGGAUGAGAAGUUAAGGCGUGCGUCGUACUGUGGUGCGCUGUACUCUAGUGCCUUUUGCUCGAGCUCUGUUCAUCAUGACCCCCUCUCAUGCACCAACCCCACUCCGCAUGCUCUCCUCGCGCUGUCCCCGUUCUCUCCCCGCGCCCUCCCCGCGCUCUCCCCGUUUUCUCCCCACCCUCCUCGCGCGCUCCCCGUGGCGCGCAGCAUAUUCGGCAGCUCGCGGCAGCUGGCGCUGGGUCCCACGUCGCUCGUGUCGCUGCUGGUCAACGAAGCCAUCAAGCAGAUGGCGGACCCAGACUCGCACGACCCCGCGGAGCAGCGCCUCUACCUGGGCCUCACGCUUCUCCUCUCGCUCAUGCUCGGCGCGCUGCAGCUGCUCGCAGGGCUACUUCGUCUCGGCUGGGUGGUGCGCUUCCUGUCGCACGCCGUGGUGUCGGGCUUCAGCAGCGGCGCGGCGAUCAUGCUGGGGCUCAUGCAGAUGCGCUACUUCCUCGGCUACACCACGCGCCAUGAGACCAUGCACAUGAUUCUUUAUGAUAUCUUCGUCAACCUCAAGACCACGCACGUGCCCUCGCUUGUUAUGGGGGUGCUAGCGCUCGCGUUCCUGCUGAUCAUGAAGCACCUGGGCAAGCGGCACAAGCGCCUGCGCAUCCUCCGCACGAUGGGUCCCAUCGUAGCAGCGGCCAUGGGCACGGCGACCAUCUACCUGCUGCGCAACCCCUGGCACAUCCGCGUCACAGGGCUAGUUCCCUCCGGCCUCCCCUCGCCCUUCUCCGCGUUCCCCUGGGCGCGCUGGCGCGACCUCGUGUCGCCCGCGCUGGUGAUCGCCAGUGCGGCGUAUCUGGAAACGAUCGCCAUUGCCAAGACGCUCGCUGCAAAGAAUGGGUACUCUGUGGACGCCAACCAGGAGCUCGUUGCCCUGGGCCUGGCGAACACAGUGGGCUCAUGCUUCCAGGCGUUCCCCACAGGCGGCAGCUUCUCGCGGUCGGCAGUGAGUGACGACUGUGGGGCGGCCACGGGCAUGGCGGGCGUGGUGUCCGUGCUGCUCGUGCUCGUCACCCUCAUGUUCCUCACGCCCCUCUUCCAGUUCCUGCCCUUGCCCGUGCUCGGAGCCAUCCUGGUGUCAUCGGUGUGCGGCCUGGUGGACUACGAGGAGGCGGCCUUCCUGCUGCGAGUGGAUCCAAAGGACUUUGUCGUGUGGAUGCUCGCCUUCUGUGGCACUCUCUUCUUCGGUAUCCAGACGGGGGUGAUGGUGGCGGUGGUGAUAUCCCUUGGCUUUGUCAUCAACGAGUCGGCCAAUGCGCAGUGUGAGGAGCUGGGGCGGCUGCCCGGCACCACAGUGUACCGCACAGUGCAGCAGUACCCUGACGCUAAAGUUACCCCUGGCAUCGCUGUCAUCAAGUGCCACUCCCACCUGUACUUUGCGAAUGUGAGCAACCUGCGCGAUGUGCUGAGGCGCUACGAGGGGCUCACCAGCAGAACGCCUCUGCCCGCCCCCACCCCCGCCACCACCCCCACGCGCUCCCCCCCUGCCGCCACCGCCGUCGCCACACCUGCUGCCAGCACCCGCAACAGCACCCCCAGCCCUGCCCGAUCCUCCACCAGUCCUAGCAGCCUGGCUCGGCGAGCCAGCGACGGGAGCUUGGAUGGCCGCACCAGCAGCUUCAGAAGCGGCGGGAGCAGCAGGGGCGGGGGAGGGGGGAGCGGGAGCAGUGGGGGAAGUGGGGAGUGUGACGUGGAGGAGGGAGGGGGGGCAGGCGAAGCACUGGUGUCACCAGUAGAAUCAUCCGCAAGGGAACAGCAAGGGGGGAGGGGAGCGGCAGCGAAAGGGCGAGCACUGGCCGUUUCGAACAUGCCAAUAGAGUAUGUGAUUAUAGACAUGACGUCAGUGCAUGCACUGGACUCAGCAGCGUGCCACGCGUUGAGAGAUAUCUGCCUCGAGUACCAGGCAAGAGGGGUGCGUCUGGCCCUUGCCAACCCCAGUGAUGCAGUCAUGCAGAGACUCACUCGGGCACGGAUCCCAGACCUGAUCGGGCGGCAGUGGUUCUUUGUCCGUAUCUUUGAUGCCGUGCAGCUCUGCAAGGCUGACAUGGCGUGCCGGCACGCUGCGGCCUCUGGUGCGCUGCCACCUGGCGGGUUCAUGGUUGCUGACGUGGACCAGCAGAGGAUGGGGCAGCAGCAGCGUCAGCAGCAGCAGAGGGUGAUGGUGCGGCCGCAUUCCUUUUCCCAGGACAUCAGGGUUGUUGCCCGCCCUGCACAGCCCGUUGGGCCCGUGGGCAGGGGCACGAGGGCUCAAGGGACGGACAGGCAGGGUGACGGACAGGGGCGGGUGGCAGGGGGAGGCAGGGGGCGGACAGUGACGUGGGGCGUGCAGGGGACGAGAGCACAGGGGGCUACAGAGAGAACUAGCGGGGAUGAGGCAGAUGGGGCGGAUGGGGCAGAGGUGGGCACUGGAUUAUUGAUUGGGUCAGGAGCAAGGGCGAGGGGGUCAGAGGGUGGUGGCAGGGAUGGGAGCAUGGCAGGGUGGCCGGAAGAGGAUGAGUUUCCUGGCAGUCCGGACUACGGCAUUGUCAUGCCUGCGGGGGCCAUUGCUGCCGCCGCUGCCUCCAGUGCUUCUACUGGGCUGUCCGAGGGGGGUGCCAGUGAGGGGGGAGGGUUAUCAGGGAUGGGUGUGGCGUCGCCUGAGUUUGCACCUUUGGAUGAUUUUGACGUGCAGGCGUUUUCAGCGCCGGAAGUGAUGCAGUCCGAGUAUGUACUGGCGGAUGCGGAGGAGGAAGAGUCGGAGUGGGUGAGAAUACGACGGGAUAGGAAGAGGAGGGAGAGACGUCCAACUGCUAGGCCGGAUGAAGACGGGGAGAGCACUGGGCAAGAUGAGGCUGAUGAAGAUAGCCGCCCUACUUGCCCUCCACACCACUCCACUGCAGUAGCCUGGCCUCAUCAAGCGCGCCCCGAAUCCGAGCCGCUCCCCUCCGGCGCGCAGAUGAUCGGGGUCGAGGCGCCCCGACAUCAGAUGAUCGGCAAGCGCCGAAUGCGGAGGAACAGCGCGCCUCGCGUGGUGAUUCUGCCGCCCAUGAAGCAAAUCAAGAUCGAGCCGGCGCGCAUCGUCAGCGUCGACGUGCCUGGCGGAAAGGCUCUUGUGGGAGAGGUGAUAUCCGGCCCAGAUGCUGACGCCAUUGACGUGUCAGUUCCUGGUUGGUCCACCGACAUGCCCCAGUCGCUCAUCCGCCCGUUCCCUCCGCCACCGCACGAGGCACCGCUCUCCGCGCCCACGGCAUCAUACGCCCCUGUUCCGCCGUGCGCCCUCCCUGCGUCUGCUUCCGCCGCCGCCUCACCCCACCGCUGCCCUCCGCCGAGCUUUCAGGAGCUCGCGGCGCGCACUCCCCGUUACAAGGGUGUGCGGCAGCGCAAGUGGGGGCGGUGGGUGUCGGAGAUCCGCGAACCACGGCGCCGAUCGCGCAUCUGGCUUGGUUCAUACUCGAGCGCGGAAGAGGCGGCGCGCGUGUACGACAUGGCGGCUCGGAUGCUGCGAGGCGACGCGGCGGGAAGUCUCAACUUCCCCGACAGCUACCAGGACGUACCGCUGCCGCCCGCCAUCGCCGAAUCGCUCGUCCGCGUGUGUCAGGAGGUCGCGGAGGACGCGGCUCGCGCGGAAGGCGGCGGAGGAAAGGGGGGGAACGCAGAGCAAAGGUCCUUCCGCGCGGAGGCUCUAUCGUCCGAUUCGUCGCCAGAGGAGGAGUCGGACAGUAAUCCGACGGCCGUGCAGGCAGCAAGCAGCUGCGGCGCGGGUAGCGUGUUCUGCGCGCGCUCCGUCCCCACCGCCGAGAUCUCCAGCCUCGUGUCGCCGCUCUCCCUCGCCUCCGCCACCCGUCCCGCCCCCUCCGCCGCGUUCCGCGUUUCCGCUGCAAAUGUGCCCCCCCCAAGCUUUCCCCCGUCCAGCGCACGGCCGUUCUCCGCUCCUCGCUUUCCCCCCAUGGUGGAAAUCCCGCCGCAAAAGGCGCCUCCAGACGUAAUCGUGCUCCCCGACUCGCCACCAGCAGAGACGGCGGAGGUUGAGGAUCGAGCUGAUGGCGACGCGGCAACGCGCGGAUCGCGCAUGACCACCGCGGCCUACACCGCUCGCCCGCGCAGCGUGCACUUGAGCAGCAGCGGCGGCUCCACGGAUGACCCUCCUGCCGCCCCUCCUCCGCCCCACCCUUCACCUCCUCCCUCCACUUCCGCAGCCAACACUACCGCCACACCUGGCCCUCACACGGCUGCUGCUGUGGCUCCACCGGGUGUGCCUGCUGCGGCGGCGAGUGUGGCUGUUGCAGUGGGUGUGCCUGCGAGCGCGUCCCCCAGUGCGCGUGCCCCCACGGCAGCAGUGCACGCGCUGGCGCAGCUGCUCUCCUCGCUCGCUGCCCUCGGCUCCGCGCUCUCCCUGCCACCGCCUGCCGCCCCUCCAAGCAACAACGCCCAUGUGCUUGGGCACGACGGCCAGGCGCCAGGCAGCACCAUCCACGCAGCAGAGGACAAUGUGCAGGUGCCAGGAAGCAACAAUCAAGUGCCCGGCAGCAGCGGGAGCCUUCUGGGCGCGGCAGCAGCGAGGGAGCAGCUGAUGCGCAUUCUGCAGUCACCCCUGCUACAGUCACACCGCACACUUGCUGCUGGCGGGCAGGGGGGACAUGAGGGACACGUGGAGCAACAGCAGCAGCAGCAGAUGCAGCAGCAUGAGCUACCUUUCCAGUUCCUGCCUCCCAGUGCUGCUGCCAGCAACAGCCCAUGCACGCAGGCGGGCAUAGCUGCGAGUCACAUAGUUGUUGAUAACACGCAAGCACCUCCGCCCGCUCCCUCAUGGCCCUCAUCGCCCCCGCCACCACUCAACGGCUCCACGCCUGCUGGCCUGCUCCGCACAUCCCACCCCUCUCCCCCUCCCCAGCCCCCAAACAACGUGCCUGCCGCUGCUUCCCUGCAGUCAGCCUCACCUCUCCCUCCCCAGCCUCCCUUGGUUGUUCCCCGUGCGUCUCCGCAGGCCCCUUGCCCUGCCCCCUUUCCCCAGCCCCCCUGCACAGCGUCCCCGGCGUCCCCCAGCCCAUACAGCAGUGCCUUUGACUUCGAGCCGCUGCUGCUGCUGGCAGGCGACGAGGGGGAGAGGGGGGAGGCUGCACCUGCCGAGGGUGUAGCUGUGCUGGAGUACGGGCAGGGAGAGGAGGGAGAGGAAGGGGAGGAGAGGAGUGUGCAUGCGGCCAUGGCUGCUGCUGCAGCGGCUGCAGUGGAGGCGAGUGAGCAGCACGGGCAGGGAGGGGGCAUGGACCGUGCAGUGUCAGCCACGGCGGAGCAGUUCCACAUGUGGCAGCAACAGCUGUGGGAGCUGUAG